AUGCUGGACUGCAUUGUAACGACCACAGUGACUGCAGCACCUUCUACAAUAACUACAACUUCAGCUCCUACGACAACCACAACAACAGCACCUACUACAACACCUGCAGUUCCUAUAACUGUAGCUCCCGCGACCAAUCCACCUGCUGUACUUACUACAACAAUCACAACUACAGCUCCUGAUACAACAACUUUAACUUCUACGUCAACCACAGCAGCUGCCUCUACGACAACCACUGCAGCUCUAACUACAACAACUGCUGCUCCAACGACCACUACAACUCCAGAACCUAUUACGACAACCACUGCAGCUCCUGCUACAACAACUACAACUUCAGCUCCUGCGACAACCACAACAACAGCACCUACUACAACACCUGCAGUUCCUACAACUGUAGCAACAACUACAACUUCAGCUCCUACGACAACCACAACAACAGCACCUACAACAACUGUAGCUCCCACGACAACUGCAGCUCCUACAACAGCUUUAGCAUCUACGACAACCACUGCAGCCCUAACAACAACAACUGCUGCUCCUACGACCACUACAGCUCCAGAACCUAUUACGACAACCUCUGCAGCUUCUGCUACAACAACUACACCCUUGGCUCCUACGACAACCACGACAACAGCACCUCCAACAACUGUAGCUCCCACGAUAACUGCAGCUCCUACAACAGCUUUAGCAUCUACUUCAACCACUGCAGCCCUAACUGCAACAACUGCAGCUCCUACGACCACUGCAACUCCACAACCUACUACAACAACUACA